AUGUUACCUACACAACUGAAAAAUCGUAUGAUUCACUAUCUACAAAGAUUGUUUCAAAAUACACACAACAACAACAAUAACACUUUUACAAAGACCUCUUCUCCAACUUCAUCUACUACGACAUCGUACCAAAACACUAAAGAUCUCUCACCACCAUCACCACAACCACCAUCACCACCAUCGUCAUCAAACAACAAUAGCAAUGAGAAUAGCAACAGUAACAGCAACAGCAGCGGCAGAAGCAGCAACAGUAAAGACCUACAUAGUGAUUUCAAUCUUUUCGAUGAUGAAUACUAUCAUUUAGAGCAAACCGAUAUCGUAGUCAUUGAUUUUGGUGGUGCAACCUUUGACGAUAAGCAUCACACUAGCGUUGUAUGCAGUCGUCCUUAUCGUCCACCAGAGAUUAUCUUGGGCAAUGGUUGGUCUUAUCCUUGUGACAUGUGGGGUAUAGGUUGUAUUUUAGUAGAGCUUUACACUGGUGCAACUUUGUUUGACACUCAUAGCAAUCGUCAACAUUUAGCAAUGAUGGAAAGAGUAAUUGGACCUUUACCACAACAUUUAACUCAAAAUUCAAAGAAAUAUUACCCAACCGGUGAAUAUCUUGAUUGGAAACAUGAUGAAGAUACAAGAAGUUUGGAAAAAGUGAAUUCUAUGAGGGGUUUGGUUGAAUAUUUUCACCCAGAACAUCAAAAGCUUUUAGAUUUAAUAUCAAAGUUAUUAGAAUAUCAACCUUCAAAGAGACUAUCGGCUUGUGACGCUCUCAACCAUCCGUUCUUUCACGAAAAGAUUGAUAAUGACUUGUUUUAUUACAAAUAA